CAGUUUUUGUCGAAGGUGUACCAAUUUCUUGGGAUCAAGCUAAGAUGAAAGAAAUCUUCAAGAAAUAUGGAAAGAUUGAACUUGUUGUUCUAUCACGUGACUUGCGAUCUAAAAGGAAUGACUUUGCAUUCGUUUACUACACUACUCAUGAGGCUGCCGUCUUGUGUCUGGAAUCAUUUGAUGCAGAACAAUUGACUGAGAAUGGUUCAAAGGUUAAUAUUAAAGUCUCUCUUGCAAAAUCUGACCAAAAGGGCAAGAAGAAUAUAGAAGAUCAUAAAUGCUGUAUUAGUGAGAAAGACACGACAAGGAUUCCUAAAAGUGAAAGAAAACUUGGGGCGUCUUCACUGCAUAUAUUGCCUUCCAGUUCCAGGGUGGUUCGAAUCACUGGGGAUGAGAAGUCAUCUACAACUAAUGGCUUGCUUCAUGUUCUGAGAGAGUUGGCUCCCUGGAGACAUGAACAUAUUGGUUCAGCAGGAAGUCCUAUUCAAGAUUACCCCCACAUAUACUCUGGAGAAAAGCGGCCUUUUUCAGCACUAGGCAAUGAUUCUUAUUGCACGAGCCGCAACCCUCGUGCUCAACAUGAGAGUAGUACCUAUGCUAUGCCAACUUCAAGCUAUGGUGGGUCGUCCCAUGCCAUCACUGGGUAUUUUCCUCCAUAUCAUCAUGACACCAGGAGAUGUUUGCCAGAUUCUGAUUAUGGUCUGACAGAACCAUGGGGUGGAAUUCAGAUGUGGCAAGCCGGUUCUCACAAACCAGGGCAGCCUCGUGGAAGCAGUCAUUAACGGAGAUAUUGACCGCAGGUAAAGAUGAUUGUUUUGCGACUCGGGCAAUCGAGAGGGUUCCUGUAAAUUCACAUGGAGUUGUGUCCCAGAAGCCCCGUAACUGACUUGGAAAUAGUUAGGGGGGUUAUAGGAUGGUUAUGUGUGUAUUAACAGUUGUGUACAGCUUACUUUUAGUGACUACUGUAACAAAUGGUGCUGUGUGCAUAUUCUGCGCUAGUUAUCAUCUGGAUUAGUGACUAGUUACUCCAUCUAACAUCCGAAGGAGACGCAACUGUUUUUAUCUUUUGUGAUGAACUGACGACCAUUGAUAAUGGCUCAGAUUUCUGUAAGAACGCUGCAUCUGACCGAGUAACUAUCAACAAGUUA